AUGGAGGAAGGUGGGUUCAUCAGAAGGACAAGGCAGAGCGGGAACCGGACUCGAACUGCCAAGAAGAAUGUCGUAUACAUUGAAUCAAGUUCAGGUGAGUCCGAGGAUGAGCCAUUAGUAAAGAAAGAAAUUAAGAGCAAUAAGGGUAACGCAAAAGCCAAUGACAAGGGCAAGUGCAAAACCAAGGGCACAACUAAGGCAAACCGAAAUUUGGAUUCGGAUUUAGAGUAUGAUGAUUCUUUGGUUCUCUUAUCGGAUCAGACGGACAGAUCUGGUGAUGAAUCAAGUGAUGAGCUCAAACGUGAACAGGUAGUCGAACUGAUAUCCUCUUCUGAUGAUGAUGAACCUCUGCAAAAUGGACCGCAAAAGAAGAAGAGAAAGGCUAAUGGUAGGGCUGGUGGUGCCACUGCUACUAAGAAGAAGCCGACAAAACCCAAGAUCUCUCCUUUCGAAAGAAACACAGCAAAGUUGUAUGCUCAUCAUUCAGAACUUAUCGAUGUGUUCAAAAAAUUACAGGAAUCGCCGAUACGGCAGGUGGAAAGAGCUCCUCAGCCUGAUGGUAUGGCCAUUAGAUUAUUACCUUUUCAGUUGGAAGGUUUGCACUGGUUGCAACAACAAGAAGAAUCGGAUUAUAAUGGUGGUGUGCUUGCUGAUGAGAUGGGUAUGGGUAAAACCAUACAAACGAUAGCUUUGCUGAUGAGCGAUAUCACAAGGAAACCAUCUCUUGUCGUGGCACCAACAGUGGCGUUAAUGCAGUGGAAAAAUGAAAUCGAACAACACACAAACAAGAAAUUAUCCGUAUACAUGUACCAUGGAGCUAAUAGAACGAACAAUCUAGGUGAUUUCAAAGACGUUGACGUUAUCUUGACCACUUACGCUGUUUUGGAAUCCGUCUAUAGAAAACAAGUUUAUGGUUUUAAAAGAAAGGCUGGAACAGUAAAAGAAAAGAGUUUAUUACAUUCUAUCAACUUUUACCGAGUAAUUUUAGAUGAAGCUCAUAAUAUCAAGGAUAGAACAAGUAACACUGCCAAAGCUGUUAACUCCCUCCAGACGAAAAAAAGAUGGUGUUUGUCUGGUACACCUUUGCAGAAUAGAAUCGGUGAAAUGUACUCUUUGAUUAGAUUCUUAAACAUUGAACCAUUCACGAGGUACUAUUGCAAGCAAUGUUCUUGUUCAUCUGAAAAUUGGCGUUUCUCAGAUUAUUUACAUUGUGAUGACUGUGGUCAUGUUGGUAUGCAGCACACAAAUUUCUUCAAUCAUUUCAUGUUGAAAAACGUUCAAAAACAUGGCAUUGAAGGACCGGGUCUACAAUCUUUCCAAAAUAUUCAGACCUUAUUGGCUAGGAUCAUGUUGAGGAGAACCAAGGUGGAAAGAGCGGACGACCUUGGAUUGCCACCAAGAAUCGUUACUGUUAGAAAGGAUUACUUCAACGAAGAGGAGAAGGAUCUCUAUCAAAGUUUAUACUCGGACAUCAAAAGGAAGUAUAACUCUUAUGUUGAGGAAGGUGUGGUUUUGAAUAAUUAUGCUAAUAUCUUUACCUUAAUCACUAGAAUGAGACAGAUGGCGGACCAUCCUGAUCUAGUAUUGAAAAGGCUCAAGGGAAAUAAUGAUAAUAACCCCGGUGUUAUUAUCUGUCAGUUAUGUGAUGAUGAAGCUGAAGAACCAAUUGAAUCCAAAUGCCAUCAUAGGUUUUGUCGCCUCUGCAUCAACGAAUAUAUUGAUUCUUUCAUGGCAGAUGAAAAAAAACUAACAUGUCCGGUAUGUCACAUUGGACUCAGUAUCGAUUUACAACAACAAGCUCUUGAAGUUGAUGAAGAACUAUUCAAAAAGCAAAGUAUUGUCAGUCGGUUAAAAAUGGGAGGUAAAUGGAGGUCCUCCACUAAGAUUGAGGCUUUGGUUGAGGAGUUAUACAACUUGAGAAGUGACAAGCGCACGAUCAAGUCGAUUGUCUUUUCCCAAUUCACAUCAAUGUUAGAUCUUGUUGAAUGGAGAUUAAAACGUGCAGGUUUCCAAACAGUUAAAUUGCAAGGCAGUAUGACUCCCACUCAAAGAGAUCAAACAAUUAAAUAUUUUAUGGAGAAUAUCCAUUGUGAGGUUUUCUUAGUUAGUUUGAAAGCUGGUGGUGUGGCUCUUAACUUAUGUGAAGCUUCGCAGGUGUUCAUCUUAGACCCAUGGUGGAACCCCAGUGUUGAAUGGCAGAGUGGUGAUAGAGUCCAUAGAAUUGGUCAAUUCCGGCCAGUGAAAAUUACAAGAUUCUGUAUUGAAGAUAGCAUAGAGUCCAGAAUUAUCGAACUUCAAGAAAAGAAGGCUAGCAUGAUUCAUGCAACAAUCAAUCAGGACGAGGCGGCAAUUAAUAGAUUGACUCCGGCAGAUUUGCAGUUUUUAUUCAACAAUUGA